UAGAGUUUCAUCACUGCUUCUUCUCUAGUAGCGUGUUGGAGAUUGGAGUAACGUGAAAAUUUUAAAGAGAAUACAAAUAUAACAAUUCACAACAUCACAAAUUUAGUGUUUUGUUAGCUCUCUCUCUCUCUCUCUCAAAAAGGCAAGUUUCAGGAGCUCCGGCGAAUUCUCCAGUUCCGGCCGUCAUCGCCGCUGCAUUCCGGUGCCCAUACUCAAAAAAGCAUGGGUGAUGAUAGCAGCAGAUCUUCGUCAGGUAUUUCUUUAUUCUUCGUCAGAUUUAGAAUCCGAAGAAAUUAAUGGAGGAAUCGAGAGAAUUAGACUUGCUGCUCCUCAACUUCGGAAAAAGACUUGUGAAGAAGCUAAGGAGGCAUUCUUCCAUGGUAUUCCUGGGAGAAGGAGAUCCAACAGAGAUGCGUGCAUAGGGGUGAAUCCUUCGAGCUCGGCUAGCACAACAAAGAGGAAGACACAAGAGAUGCCAACUCCAAGUGUUGGAGGCCAAACAAAAACACCAGGCUUUUCUUGGCAAAAACCAUUUGCAUCUGUGGUAAUAUCCCGUGAGGAUGUCAGCCAUCGAAGAGUUCGUGUUGAAGAAGAUAUUGCGGUUAUCGAUAAAGCUGAAUUCAUUAGUCGGAAAUCAUUUUCAUCGACAAAGAUAAGGUCCUCCGGCAAGGGAAGUUUGAAGGGAGGUUCUUCGUCACACAAGCCGAUCUCCAUUAUCCUACUAGCGAGUGACAGCGAUGAAGAUAUGAUGGCUGAGGAUAUUGAGAUCCCGACAUUUGAUGAAACCAAACUCGGCUCUGCUGCUCGUUUAAGCAAGAAUGUUGGCGGGGCCAGUGCAAGAAAAGACGCAGUUUCUGCUCAUCAUUCUAUGAUCUUCACUCCUAGAGACUAUUUCACUGAUUUUGACACAUUAGCAGAUGACUCGACUACAUUGGCGGAUAAAGCCAACAACAAUGUAGGUAGGAGUUUCAGGGAGAUUACAAGUAAGAGAAAUAUCGAAGGUCUGCUUAAGAAAAGCAAAUCUCCAUAUUUACAAGCUGAUGGGACUGGAUCAUCUGCACAAAAGGUGAACAGAGAUGAAGAUAGGAAUUAUGAAGAGUUUGGAAUUGAGAAAAUAAGUGAAUCAGAUUUUAAGAAGAGGAAAAUACUUUCAAAGAAUGGAUCCUCAACCAGGAAGCAACAAGAUGAAGGUAUUGCUACCACUUCUACAAAGAAUGUCAGAAGAGAGAGUGAAAAGAUACCAUCUUUUCUCAACAAUGACGGAAACAAGAGAAAAGAUUCUGACUCAUCAUUGAAGCGACGAGGUGAUGCAUGCAAUCAUAAUGUUGUUGAUGUUGAUGAUGUGCAUGAAAGCUCGUAUGAAUUUCUUUGCUCUUCCUCAAGCUCUGAGUCCAGCAGUGAUGAUGUAAAGAAGAGGAAAGAUCCUGACUCAUCGUUGAAGAGAAGAGUUGAAGCAUGUAAUCAUAAUGUUGAUGAUGAUUACGUGGAUAAAUGCUCAGAUGAAUCUCUUUGCUCUUCCUUGAGCCCUGAGUCUGACAGUGAUGAUGUUAGUACAUCUAUGCAAGACUCUGAAGACAGGGCAUAUGAUCCAGAGCAGGAGAUGAGUAUUGGUAUUGCAAAUCAGACUAAACGAAAGACGGGGAGAAGCAAGAAGGCAUCUUCACCACCUACUGGUAGUGAUUCUGGCAGUUCUCUUGAUGCAGAUGUUGAAGUGGGGAACUCUGAUGGCAACAUAGAGUGGUUGAACCCGCCUCAUGAUGCAAGCAAAGUCCUAGAAGAAAAUGAAGAAUUGGAUGAACUUUUUCACUACAAAACUGAUGCAGAAGAGGGAUUGAACAACGAGACAUGCUCUAAGCAACCCAACAAUGAAAAGGGCCAGUCACAGGAAUGGACAACGGGGCCAAAAGAGGUGGCUCCUACCACCGACUCAAAAUAUGGCUCUGAUCAUUAUGAUGAUGAUGAGGAGGAGGAGGAGGAAAGAACUGAAGCAACCAGUUCAGAUUUUCUUGCCCGUGCUAAGGCUACGACAGAGAGCUUGGCUCUGGAAACGAAAGUGCCAUCUGGCCCAAAGGUGGCAUCUCUUCCCUCAGACUUAGAAGAUGUCUGUGAUCAUUGUUGUGGUGCUAAGGGAAUAACUGAAGACUCACAUGUCCAGGCUAAGAAAAAGACCCCGGACAUGGCUAGGGAAACGAAAGUGCCAUCUGGGCCAAAGGAGGCAGCACUUCCCUCACACUUAAGAGAUGGCUAUGAUCAUAGUCGUGAUGGUGCUAAGGAAAGAAUCAAAGACUCACAUGUUCGGGCUAAGAAAAAGACCUCAGGCAUGGCUAGGGAAACGAAAGUGCCAUCUGGGCCAAAGGAGGCAGCACUUCCCUCACACUUGAGAGAUGGCUAUGAUCAUGAUCAUGGUGGUGCUAAGAAAAGAAGUGAAGACUCACAUGCUCGGGCUAAGAAAAAGACCCCGGGCAUGGCUAGGGAAACGAAAGUGCCAUCUGGGCCAAAGGAGGCAGCUCUUCCCUCACGCUUAAGAGAUGGCUAUGAUCAUAGUCAUGAUGGUGCUAAGGAAAAAAUCGAAGACUCACAUGUUCCGGCUAAGAAAAAGACCCCGGACAUGGCUAAAGAAAAGGAGGCUACUCCUAGUUCCCAGUCAAAAGACGAAGCAGGACUGGCUUCAGAUUCACAAAUGCGUGCUGGCAUAGCUAGUGAAAAGGUCCGCAGCAGACCAAAGAAGGCAGCUACCCCCUCCCACUCAGAAGAAACUGAUGAGGAAAAAACUGAAACAGGUUCACGUGAUAAUUCUUGGACUGAGGCCGUACCCAUGGCUAAGGAAACUGAGGUGCCGAGGGAAGGAAAGAAAUCAUAUCCAAAAGGAGUAAACGAGUUAUGCCGCAUGCUUGCAAAUGCUGUAUUGGGAAGUGGACAACUUCCUACAGAAAAGGAAAUAUAUGAAGAAGCUAUGCAGGGACUCGCACCACCUACUCCAGAUACUCUUCCACUGAAGUUCAGAUUUGAAGAUGAGGUACCAAAACCGGUGGAGAAAACGGAGUAUGAAAAGGAGACUGACAACUUAUUUUACGAUCUAGACUGUUGUUGGGCUUUGGAUGAAGUGCAACCCCUUGACUACCCCAAGGAUAACUUAGAAAAUGAAAACCCUCCUCGUGAAGAAACACAACACGAAAGAUGUUCUAAAGGGGAACAUGACUUGGUCUUAGAAGAUGAUGAAGGAUUAGUAUGUAAAUUUUGCCGUUUUCAGGCCCUUGGACCGAAGGAUAUCAUGCCUGAAUGGGUGGAAAGACCUUACAGGGACUCGGAAAGAAAACAAAGGCAUGAAACAGAAGAUCUUUUCGAGUUUGAUGAUCUUCAUAUAUCAACCAAUGAUGCUGAUGCUGCUGGAAGCAGUAGUAAAGCUACUGGUACAGUAUGGAACAUCAAACCAGGUGUAAGAGAUAGUAUGUACGAGCACCAGCGUGAAGGCUUUGAGUUCAUGUGGAAAAACCUGGCAGGAAGCAUCGAUCUUGAUAAACUGAAGAGCACCAAGCAAGCUGGAGUGGGUGGAUGCAUCAUUUCCCAUGCUCCGGGGACUGGGAAGACGCGUUUGACUAUGGUCUUCAUCGAAACAUACUUCAAACAGUUCCCAGGCUGCAGGCCAUUGAUCAUUAGCCCAGCCAGCACUCUCCUCAACUGGGAAGAAGAGUUCGAGAAAUGGAAUGUCGAGUUCCCCUUCCAUAACUUGAGCAAUACUGAAUUCUCUGGUAAGGAGAGCAAGGCUCUUGUUGGACGUAUAUCUCAAAAGAAAAGGAAUAAUAAAGUUACGCGUAUGAUCAAGAUAUUGAGCUGGAGCAUGGUAGGGGGCAUUCUAGGAAUCAGCUACAGCUUGUUUGAGAAGCUAGCCGGAGAGGCAACAGAGAACAAGUUAUUUCGGAGAAUACUGUUGGAGGUGCCUGGAUUGGUUGUUCUUGAUGAAGGGCACACGCCUCGAAAUUCUAGGAGCAACAUUUGGAAUGCUCUCCUCAAGCUUAAAACUGAGAAGAGGAUCAUUCUUUCUGGAACUCCUUUCCAGAACAAUUUUAGCGAACUCUUCAACACACUCCGUAUAGUAAGGCCAGCAGUUGCAGAUGUGUUAGCACAAGAGAAGAUGUUUGCUGAAGCGGCCGUGCCAAAGAGAACGUCUUGGAGCAGUAGAAAUAAAAAUAAGAGGGAGCAUGCACAGUCUUCUUUGAUUUCACAACGUGCUUUGCAGCAUCUAAAAGGUUGCAUGUCGCCAUUCGUUAAUCUACACACAGGCACCAUCCUCAAGCAGAGCCUGCCCGGUUUGAGAGACUGUGUUAUCCUUCUCAAACCCCCAGCACUGCAGAAGAGUGUGAUUGAGACAAUAGAGGACUCCAGCAACUUCAAGUAUGAACAUGAGGUUAGUAUGCUAUCCGUGCACCCAUAUCUGUUGAUGAACUGUAAAACAACAGAAAGUCGGAAGACUGGGAUUGACAUGGCUGCAGUUGAGGCUUCCAAGCUUAAUCCCCAAGAAGGCAUCAAGACCAAGUUUCUCAUGGAGCUAAUUCGCCUCUGUAUGGCUGUGAACGAGAAAGUACUCGUAUUCAGCCAGUAUCUUCACCCUCUUAUGCUUAUAAAGGAGCAGUUGAAAGAAAUGUUCAAAUGGGCUGAAGACAAGGAGAUUCUUACUAUGCAAGGGAAGCAACCACAAAAAGAGCGGCAGAUCUUGAUUAAUCUGUUCAAUAAUUCGGAAAAUGAAUCCAAGAUCAUGCUUGCAUCGACCAAGUGCUGUGCAGAGGGGAUAAGCUUGGUUGGGGCCUCAAGGGUGGUAUUGUUGGAUGUAGUCUGGAACCCCUCGGUUGAAAGGCAGGCGAUAUGCCGUGCUUAUAGGAUCGGACAGAAGAAGUUCGUCCACACCUACCAUCUUAUGACUUCCGGGACAAAAGAGGAUGACAAAUACUGCAGGCAAGCUGAGAAGGAGCGUUUAUCUGAGCUGGUCUUCUCAUCUUCAAAAACCAACCAACAGAAACAGGCAUCUUUAGCUAUUGAGGACAGGAUUCUAGAGGCUAUGGUUGCUCAUGAGGGUCUUAAAGAUAUGUUUGAAAAGAUCAUCAACCAGCCCAAAGAGACCAACCUAAUUGAAACAUUUGGUCUCACAAAUUGAGCCAACCUACCAUUGUCUAGUUUCUUAUUGUUUCAAGCCACUCUAUUAAAGCUCUCUUCCAACUGUCUAGUUUUCAGAUUCUUGCUGCAGCUUAACACAUGCAUAUCUUCAUCAGUGGACCAUUAAUAAUUGCAUUUUUUCAACUGUUCAUGUU